GCUGACCUUGUACCUCUUCUUUGCUUUCUUUGUACUUACUAUCCAAGGGAUACUCAUAUCCUCCCAUGGCUACCUUCAAACACAGAGCUUCCUCAGGAAAGAUCGCUGGCGUUGAACCGCCCGCACCGGAAAAACCGCAACCGACCUCGGUUUUCGACUCAAAGACCUACACACCUUACAUAAUAUAUCUCAGCACUUCGCUCUUGCUGACUGUAAUCAUUUACGUAGCAGCUUUUUGGAAUACCCAAUGGAGCGACCUGUUCAAUUCACAUCCUGCUCGAGGAGAAAUGGGCCUGGGGAAAUUUAUCAUCAAAGGCGUUCGAUUCGAUGAAGCUGGAGUCCGAACCGCUUUUGCAUACCCGUGGCGGCUGGCAACCACAACAUCAGCCGCUCGCAUCUCAACCUGGCUGGGCUAUGCUGUCCAUCAGCUUGGUCAAUUUUAUAUCUUGGCCAAUGUACAAUGGCUCUCUAGGACAGGGCAAAUCAAAGCCAAAUGGUCUUCACAAUACCAAUGGUGGAAUUGGCAAAUGCUUUAUCUGAACGUAGCUAUGGUGCUGUAUAAAUGCAUUCAAGGUCACAUAUGGUACGAAGGAUUGGCUGUGGAUGUCCCGGAAGGAACAGCUAUGGGUGCUGUCAUAGCCAUUCUGAUCGGUGCCAUCAUCAUUGAAAUACCUUACCGUGGACUCUUCUUUGGCCGGUGCAAGCGCCUUCCUGUUCCUCAUUUCAACGACGUUAUCACCUUUGCAAAACGAUAUCACGGUUACAUGAUCAGCUUUGGCAUUGUCUAUGAUUUCCACUAUCAUCCUAUGGAGGCAACAGUAGGGCAUCUUGGCGGGUUCUUUUAUCAGUUUCUGCUAUUUUGGCAGUCCACCUCCUUUCUACACUAUUCUCAUCGCAACAAAAACUGGACCUUGUUGCUUGAAGUCUGGGUACUGAUUCAUGGGACCAUAACAGCAUUAAGUCAACCUGGGGUUGGCUGGCAAAUUUUCUUGUUCGGGUUCUCUGUCAUUUUCCUAGUCAACCAAAUUUGGGGUAUCCCGGCCAUUCGCAAGCUGUCCGUGCGCAGUCGAACCAUUACUAUCACCGCAGCAUACGCAGCUUUCAUCGCUCUGGCCUACUACGGCUUCCGGGAGAACAAGGCAUACUAUCGAAUGACCUUCAUCCCUGUCACCGAGUUUGCCUUCGCUAUCGUGGUUAUUCUCAUGGGCUCGGCUACAGCGGCUAUCGUCAAGCGACUUCAAAACAUUUGGGUCAUUGGCUCUCUCAUUGCCAGUGUGUACAUGCUAGCCGAUGGAUUUAUGAUUUACACUUUAGCUCUUAUCCUCAGUGGCGGCGUGGUUACGGUAUAUAAUGACUACUGAAGGGUUUCAAUCCACUGAGUCUGGCUAGGAAUGCUAGAUGACGUUAAUACCAAUACUUAAAAUUGUUGCUCCUCCAUAAUACUCCAAGCCGAGAGGAGCAUGCAAGCUCCCUUGUAUUAUGAUUAUUUUAUUGGCAUAGACAAUAAAAAAAAGCGUUUAAUAACAUAAGAUCAAUA